AUGGAGGCUAGUGCCAUCAUACAGGGAGCAGUAAAACAACAGGUGGCACAGCCCUUGAGUUCCAAAAUCUCGAGUACAAGAAGAUUUGAUCUCUCUUCUCUGAGUGCAGCUGCCAAGGGAAGUAAAAAGUGGAGUAGAUCCACUAAAAAGACAAAGAAGAACAAGUUUUGGAACAUGUUGAAGUCUGAUAUGAGAAUGGGUAAUGGUUCAAGUUCUAGUUCAGAUAGCUCUGGAUGUGUGAGGUGUAGUAAGCUACACAAAGGGCUUUAUCGGUUUGGGACUAUAGCUUGUUAUAGAUGUGGUCAAGAGGGGCACAUGGCACGUGAUUGUCCUAAUGCAGCUAGGAUGACACAGUCUCAACAGACAGCUUCUGGCAGCGUGGCUCAGCCAACAGCUUUAGCCACAUCGCAGGGCAGAGGGCGAGGUAGAGGGAGAGGGACAACCUCUUCUUCAGCAGGUUCCCAAGGGGAAGGUCCUUUAGCCCCAACAUAG